AUAUUAGAUUUAGUUUAUUUAUUUUAUUUUCCAUUUUGUUAGAUUUAUUUUUUUAAAGGUUUACUUAAACAUUUUUUCCUCUUCCCCUUAAUUUAUUUAACACCAACCAGGCGAGAACAAUAGUGUUCUCGCGUGGCUCUGACGUCAUGUGACAGCUGCACAUCAGCGUCCUAAAUUGACAGCACAGUUUAUAUGGCUGCAAAUCGCAGCUUAGGCAGGAAACGCUGCGGGACUCUGAUGUGCAGGUAGGCUUCUGGUCUGUUCCCGACGAGGUUUUCAGAUCUCUAUUGUCUGUUUUUCAAUCGUGUAUGUCUGUUAACUUGCAGCCGGGUGAUUACUCAACCAAACGUUGCAAGAAUCACGGUUAGUCAAGAGGGAACUGGCCAGGUGCGAUGCAGAUCCCUCGCGCAAGGAGUGGCUGGAGGGAUCUUGACAAUAGCAAGGAUUGUCUGGUUUCACCGACCCGACUGGCGAGCUAAAAUAAGCAGGAUACCGAAACACAAGACUUAUCAUCUGGGAACAUUCUUCCGACCUAAUUGGAGGAUCAGCUCAAGUCCCCAUUGAAGGAAGUGGAUUAUUUUGGUUUUUUUCCAUCAUCAACAAAGACUGGUGGACGUCCUUGGUAUAAGGAACUUUAACUUGUUUUUCCUUUACACUAUGGACUAAUGUGUAUAUAUAUUGUAAAUACUAAAUACAACUCACCAAUUUGCACCAUCUUACUGUCUCUGUGCUUUACAAAUUGCCAUCUCCUCCAGUAGCCGAACCUAGCUAGACUUUAAGAACUGUUUGGAUAAAUUUUAAUUCGGAUUAUUUAAAAUCUUGUUAAUCCUUGAACGCAAUGUGGGUUACAUAACUUGGCGAGCUAGCCAGGAGGUUGUUGGCAUUUUGUAAACACAAAUCAUUGUUUUUUUUGUCAUCAACAAUAUGGAUGAAUUUCAAAAACUUGACGUAAAAAUUCCCAACUCUGUUUUGGUUGAAGGCAUUUCAGAUGAAGAUGGUAAAGAGGAAGUAUUUGACUUUUUGAAACAAUAUGGCAAGAUAACAAAGACUGAAAUCAUUUCUGAAGCUGACUCUGAGUUUGAGGGCCAGUUUGUGGUUGAAUUUAGCAGUGGUACAGCAGUAGCUGAAUUGCGUUCCAUUUUACCAUAUUCAUUCAAAUCAUCUGAAAAGUCAGACACAUUUUUCAUCUCUGAAUUAGCUGUUGUAUAUGCAGAACAUGUUUCACAGAGUAAAACUCAUUCUUAUUUAUUUGAGUUACAGAAACUUGCAAAGCUUUCUGGCAUGGAUUUUGCAGAGGUGUUAAAAUCCACGAUGACUCAGAUUGGACAAUCAGUUGCUGAACUUCACUCAGCUGCUAAGAUGGAGGAUCCUGAUGAGAAGUCUGAGGUUAUGGCAGCAGCUGCAGAUCCAACAAUGAAGGAAGAGCCAACGUUGUCAACCGCCACUGAUCCUACAGUUUCCAGACAGAGACUUGAGCAGCAACCUACCUCACGACAGAGACCUUCUCUUCAUGAUGAUGACAUCCAACCACCCGAAGUCCAGCGCUACGUGGUGGAACACAUUAUGAAAACUGAGGAAAGUGCUUACCAUCUACAAAGGCUCCGAGUGUUUUCUGGACGGCUGCCUAGACCAGCACAUGAAGCAGACUACGAGACCUGGCAUUCAGGAGUGGAUCUGCUACUAAAAGACCCAUCAGUUUCUGAGCUGCAGCGAUCAAGGAGGAUCGUGGAGAGUUUACUUCCCCCAGCCGCUGAUAUGCUGAAGCAUCUAAGUUCAGAUACUCCACCUACUGUAUAUCUGAACAUAUUGGAUUCGGCAUAUGGCACAGUGCAAGAUGGAGAAGAACUCUUUGCAAAAUUCAUGGACACUUUCCAAGAUGCGGGGGAGAAGCCAUCUUCAUACCUCCAGCGGCUGCAGGUUGAAGGUGCUGCUGGACAGUCUGUUCCGUAUCUGGGGUACGUGGAGCUGGUCAUCACAUUCCCUGAAGACUUCAUAGGAGUAAACACAGAGGUACCAACUCUCGCUCUUGUGGUCCCAGAUACUAGUCCUGACAGGCCAUCUAAUGUACUUAUUGGCAUGAACACACUGGAGCCACUGUAUGAACAACAUCUUAGCAGUAACCAUGUACAAUUUCAAGCCAUGGCCCAAGGAUAUCGAGCGGUCCUGAAACUGCUACAGUUAAGGCACCAGCAAAAUCAAUUAAGAAAUGCAGGGACUGUCAGGCUGUUAAGCACCACUCCAGUCCUUAUUUCACCUGGACAAACCAUUGUCUUGGAGGGUUCUGUUAAAAACACCUCUCCAUCUGCCAAUAAGUGGGCCAUUGUUGAACACCCUAGCUCGCCUUUACCAGGGGGUUUAUGUGUUCGGAGUAGUCUAAUUACACUGCCACAGCAUCCACCAUAUAAAGUCCCAGUGAUCAUGAAGAAUGAAUCAGAGCAAGAGGUGUUCAUAUCACCAUUAACCAUUAUUGCAGACAUUGGGUUAGCACCUACUGUUUUGUCACAACAAAUCACAUCUCAAACCUCACAACGAACCACUUUGGAGUUUAACUUUGGAGACUCUCCUAUUCCACCUGAGUGGAAGGAACAUAUUAUCAACAAAAUGAACAGCAUGCCUGAAGUAUUUUCUCAUCAUGAUAUGGAUUUUGGCUGUACAGAUGCAGUUAAACAUACCAUUAAACUUAAUGAUGAAACGCCUUUUAAACACAGAGCAAGGCCAAUCCAUCCCCAAGAUCUGGAGGCAGUCCGUGAACAUCUUAGAGACCUGUUUGGAGCUGGCAUUAUAAGAGAGUCUAAAUCACCAUUUUCCUCUCCAAUAGUUGUGGUUCGGAAACGUAAUGGUUCCGUCCGGCUAUGCAUAGAUUACAGGAAACUGAAUCUUCAAACUAUCAAAGACGCAUAUGCCCUUCCUAAUUUGGAAGAAUCUUUUUGUGCUUUGACAGGGUCCAAAUGGUUCACUGUGUUGGAUUUAAAAUCUGGCUAUUAUCAAAUAGAGAUGGCAGAAGAAGAUAAGGCUAAAACAGCUUUUGUAACUCCCCUUGGAUUUUGGGAGUGGAACAGGAUGCCGCAGGGAAUUACAAAUGCACCUAGCACGUUUCAGCGGCUAAUGGAGAGAUGCAUGGGAGAUCUGCAUCUUAAAGAAGUCCUUGUCUUCCUCGAUGACAUCAUCAUCUUCUCUGCCACUCUGGAAGAACAUGAGGAACGGCUGCUGCGUGUGCUCUCCCGGUUGAAGCAGUUUGGACUAAAGCUCUCUCCAGAGAAAUCCCUGCAAAACUGAAGAAACCAGAAGGAAAGUACUCGGAUCCAAAGCAAUCCUUUGGAGAUAAAUGGACUAGCCAUCAGCAGAUUGCUUUUGAAACAGUCAUUUCCAAAUUGACUAC